UCAUUUUGCAAGGUAAAACAUGUCGUUACUGUGGUUUACCAAACAGGGAAUAUAGAAUGUAUUUGAACAAUGAUGUCAUUAUGUUGUGGACAUAGUGUGGAUUUAAUAAAAUUCUGACGUCAGUUGAUUGUUUACUUAAGUUAUACAUGUAUUUGGAAUUCCACACUACCCUACAAUUUCGUGAGAUAAACUUGUAAAGCAAAGGCCUCAGAUCUCAACAGAAAAGCUCGUAAAUCGGAUGUGUAAACAAAGACAAGAGAGGAUGGUUAUUAAUUAUCUAUAAAAUCUUCAAAAACAGUCGUGUUCGCUAGUGCAGUUGAAUGAAGAUUACGGCGAACAAAAGACUAAUGUCUUUGAAACAACAUCAGAUCUUAGACAAGCCUGAGCGGACAAUCUAGAUGGAAGCGCUGAUAACGACGAAGACAGAGAUAAGGCCGUUGAGCUAAGUGAUCAUUAUCUGGAAAAUUAUAUUGUAAAUGUACAAAAGGACAACAAUAAACAAUAUUUUAGGUAUAAGUCACGGAGUCAAAUCUAUUAGUUUUUAAACCGAUUACUAUAUUUCGACGUCUAAAUUAAGGGAAGUGGUUUCAACGUCUGAAUGGAUGAAGUUGCCAUUUUGUGACCAGAAGAUUAAUUGUAAGGUUUAAUUCACUAACUGGAUAUGGUUUCUCCAUUCGAUGUUUCAGCUCUGGAAUGAAAACAUGCUUAUGAGGUCAAAACAUGGAUUAAUAAAUAUUCUGAUUUUUUUUCAUUACCAGUUAAUUAUAAGACUGAACAAUUGAUGUGAAAUCGAUUUGUAACUUCGUGAAAGAUUGUAAUAACACUUGGCUUAUUUUUGUGAGAAAAUUAUUAAGGUUAUUCAGGUGCCCGAUAUUAGAUUACCUACCGUUCUCACAUCGCAUAAAUUAUCUAUUGAAAGAGAAGGUUCGACGAAUACGCUGACAUUGAACAUCUAUGUCAAAUCAUCGCUUCGGCUUUAAUGAAGCCAAUUUGUGUGCUCUAAGUGCAGGUUGAGAUAUUAAAGCCGACAAGUAGGCCCCAAGACCAAGCACUUGACGUGUUCUUAUGUCUUUGAUUAACGUGUUGGCUUACACGAAAGUGAUUCUCUUAAAAGGUUGAAAUUGAUUUUCAUAUACGUUUCACACACGGAAUACAGUAGGCGGUUUAGAUAAAACAGAUUUUAGAAAAUUGAUUAAUACGUUGCAUGGAAACAAAGACACAAAUAUGCAGACGAUUUUGAGAAAAUGAUUUAACAUUUAACACGUGUAGUUAAAGAAAAGACAGUUCGUAUUCAAGGACGUUGUUAACAUAUAGGAAGAAAUUAUUCACAAUAUUGCCGAUAAAUACAAGCGCCGUUAUACCAAGGACAUUAAAAUUUCUAGGAUGUAUUAAAUUCAACACUAUAACACGAUAUUUGAACAAGAAAUAAACCGCUGCAAAUGUGUGCAGGUGAAUGCAUGCAUGAUCAAGGUUUACCCAGGAGGAUGGAUUAAAUGUUCUUCAACGGGGAAAAUCUAUCGAGAUAUUACACAUUUAUUAAAUAUGUGUAUUGAUAAAAAUGAGACAUACGUGCACUUAAAACCCCACCAAGUUUUGAAGAUAAGAGCAAAUUUUGAAUGAUAUCUGAUCUGAUGUAACUAACAUAACUAUCUGUGGUCUUAAAAUGUUUGAUAUUAAUCGGACCUAGAUAUGAUCGACAUGUAUAUGUCUAAUUUAUGUGAUAAGCGAAUUGUCAAAGGAUUUCAAAAUAGAUAAUUGAACAAUUAAGAGAUACGGACAGAACAGAACAGAACAGGACUUACUUAAAUCGGGAGAUAACAAUUUUAUGCAUGUUUUGUAUGCAUGAAAGCAGACAUUUACUACCAAGUCAGUGAUGGCAUUAAUCCAUCUUAAAAGUACGGAAAUUAAAUCAGAUUUAUACUCGUAAAUCAGCAGGGAAAUUAAUCCGUGUGGAUUAUCACAGUGGAAGUAGAGCGGUAUAAAGUGGGAAAAAUACAUUGUAUACGUAUGUAAAUUGAAUAAAACCGCCAUGAUGUGCCUUCUUAAGUGAUUUUAAUAUCCCAUGUUUGGGAUUACUGAAGUGUGUUGAUUGAAGGACAGAUAAAGAAGAUCUGUUAAUAGCUAUGAAAAGCGCAUAAUGUCAACGUCAAGGGAAGAAUAUCGGGAGUAAACGUUAAAAUAAAGGUAAUAACUUCUAAAUUUGGAACACGUUUAAGAGUUGGUGUUUCAUUGACAAGUUGUUUUGUUUUGGAAAUUGAAGUUAAUGUACUAUUUAGAUAAGGAAAGAAAUACAAAUACACCGCACGGUUGUAGUAACCGGAAGGUAUAAAUAACGAUCAAGUUGACAUAAGCGGCCAUUAAACGGCAAUUAGUAAGGACUGUGAAAAGUUAGAUAAUCUGGAUAGAUCGAUAUUCGGACAGAUAAACAUUUGCUUUGGAUUGUAAUAUUGGAUAAAUAGUAUUCAUACCAGACAGGAUACUUCAAUGAAACUCUUACACCAUAUUAAUACUGUGGAACACAAAUAGAUGAGUUCAGGAUGACAAGGAGAGUUGUGUGAUCUGCAAUAAAAAUGUAAUUGUUGAGUCGUUCCCCUGCCUUUGAUAGUGUCGAGUAUUGAUUUAACAAGGGUACUUCAGUUUUAUAACAUUUGUACUGAAUAGAUUUUACUGAAAUAAUAAAAAAGCUAGGGAUAUUGAACAAAGACACGUGAAAACAUACGCCUACUCCGUGUUCGUUUGUUAAUUUCUGGAAAUAUAUUGUUAACUGAAGGGACAAAAUCUUCAAAGAUUAUUGAAUAGUUUUGGAUUAAUACUGAAUUAAUGAAUCCUCAUUUAUGCCUGAACAUAUGCACACAUGACUUCAUACAUUACUUUCAUUCAGUUAACAGGUAUUGAACGCUUUCAUUACACUGAAAAACUGGCCGACAGUGUACACUGCUGAUCAAUGCAACAAGAAUGCAAACCUGAAUAUAGUUUAUUUGUAAAGCGUAACAUAUUCUGUGUCAGAAAGGGAGAUGUUGAAUGGAUAAUGGACAUUUUUUUGUUUUCUCACCUGGCACAUUUAGAGGAAAAUUGUUUAACUUGAGAAAGAAGUGGCGAACGAAUUUGAAAUGAGAAAAAAGCCACACAUUUUCAAGACAGUACAAAAUUUACAUAUCCUUAAUGCCGUGCAAUGGGUACUGUUUAUAUGAUUCUAAAUGCUGGAUUAUUUCUGUUGGAGACGAUCAUGCAGCUUUGUGUGGUUGGAACACACAGCAAGGGGUCGGAGGCAUUGUUUGUGAUCCUGCUAGCGGUUGUAAUGGGACCAUUAAUACUGAUAAACUUUGUCUCGGCCAUUCAGGUGACAAGGACCCAAGACUUCUCUGGGAAAGACAUUGGCAGAGCUGUAUGCAUAGGCUUACAUUCUUUUCAACUUGGAAUAGUAUGGAGGUCUUUGAAAUUGCUCAUUCUAUUCGACCAUAAAGACUGGCUGGAUUAUUUAAACAUGAGACUGUUUCAUACAGGUUUCCAAAGUCUUCCAUUUUGUAUAGUUUUAACCUACAGCAUGUUUAUAAAUGAAACAAAUGCAGCACUUGAUAUUGUGACUGUUGUUUUUACGCUUGUAUCAGCUUCCAUUUCAUUGACUACCUACAGAACAGGGAAUAUCCUGUUUGAAUCCGAGGAAAGUGAAACUAGACAGUUUUCUGUCAAGAAGCAUGUAUGCAUUGUGUUCUUAUCACUAAGUACAUUUUCAGUUCUUGUGUCAAGAUAUGCAUCUAUUGUGUUAUUUGCUGUUGUAAAACCCCUAUGGAUUAUUUUACCUUUGUCAUUACAUCUUUUGAUUAAUUUAUGUAUAGAAGUCUCAAAGUUAAAAUGUGAUGAUGAAAAUAUUUUGUCUAAAGUAGCCAUUGCAAUAUAUAAAUCUUUUGUUAAUAUUUUUGACAUGGUAGGCAGGGACUAUUCCGGGGUAAAGUGUUCUUAUGUGUUAUUUUAUAGUUUGAUGUUAAUAGAGAAUCUGGUGUUUAGUUUUUACUGGAUGUUAACGGCGUCGUUUGACGAGAGAUUCAAGUUGCUUGCAGUUCUGAUGAUACUUAUGUGUUUCAUAGUUGGUUUAAUUGUAAAAUUUGCAAGUUGUGGAUGUAUUUUCAAUGUUGAAUCAGAUAUUCUCAGUGAUGCUUUUAAUAAUCCUGAACUUAAAGAUGUAAAACAAGAAGAGAAUGACAAAUUUGACAAAGCAAAUACAAAUGCUGUGGAAGAGAAUGACAUUGUGUUCCAUGAAAUUCGUCCCGGUGAAAGCGGACAGGGAUCUGGUGUAGCUGUGAUAUCUAGAACCGCAGAAACGCCAGUGUCGAGAUAUAAACAUUCCAAACAAGGCAGCUCAACAGCGUCUUCGAACAGUCGUCUUCGAGAGUAUGAUAACCAUGCAUUUGUAAAGUCUCAGGGAAACAUUUCAUCACAUUCACACAUGACACCUAACAGCAAUAAACGAUCUCAAGGAAGUGAUAAUAGGCAUUCCUCCGAUGGUGCUGACAUUUCAUGCGAAUUUAGAACAUUAUCUGCUAGUAGUCAGGAAAGGUCACAUAGUAGUCAAAGACAGUCACGUGGUAGUCACGAACCUUCUGGUAGUAGUGCCAAGCGAUCUCGGGGUAAAGGCGGACCGUCAAAAUCAAAACAUAAAUAUACUAAUGAUGAAGUAGAUCCUUAUUCCACAAAAGACUCUAGAAAACCGCCACUCAAACCAAAGAUUAUUGUUUCUGACACGAGUAAACAUGCUGCCAUGAAGCCUACCCCACCUCAAAGACAUUUAAUUCAAAUGAGCAAUACAGAUUUAGCAUCUUCUAAUAGUAGGUAUAGCAGAAAUACAAAUACCAUGAAUGGAAGUAUUCAGCAUUAUAAUUAUAAUGGUUUUGAUGAUCCUUUUAGAGAAAAGAAAUUAUUUAACAGAAACAAACAAAGAGCAAACUCGAGAUUAAAUAACUAUCAUCAGCAUAAUCAUCGUAAUAAUCAACAUAUUCAUCAAAAAUACCCAUCAAAUAUGGACUACUCAUUGGAUUCAUCGGAAUUAUACCCGUCCAUGACGUCAGACACGUCAAGUAUGUCAUCAUAUCCAGACACUAAUGAACGAAACUGGCGAAAACAACGUCAGCGGAUCAGGAAUAAAAUCAGACAUUUUGAAUCACGUGAUGGCUAUUCAACGGAUGUUUCAAAUUCGGAUUACCUCAGUUUUAACGAUUAUUCAAUGGAAGAUUCUAGUUCUUGGACAGAAUCGUCUUCCUCUUCUGACGGAGCAGCAACAUGGCCGCCAUCUCACACCGCGAAUUUACUUAAAAUGUACAAUAUUCCCGACAAAAAUUCUUCCACUGAAAAUAUCAUGCACUGGUUAGACACCAUGGAAGCGGAAGAAUCAGCUCACGACACAUCUUUUUCCACGCUUAAUGAGCCGUCAAUUGCCAGUGACACCGAUAUAAGUUUAAGUGCAAUGCAAACAUUUGAGGUUAAGAAAGAGAAAAAGAAAUUUAAAAGAUUGAUUUCAAAACCAAAAGGAUUACUUUUGAAGUUUUCAAGUUUGAAUUACAAAGGAAAAGAAAAGAGCCACCACAAUAGACCGUAUCCAUUGAAAAAGGAUACAGGGAUAGACCAAGGGUUACCGGAUAUAAAUAACAGCCAAGAUAAACAUGUAGAACAGGUUUCUAUGUCUAAACGAAAUAACGGAAUGGUCCCUCUGCCUACCAUGCCUCUACCAGUCGAUAGUGUUCAAGAAUCUAUUGUAUAGUAUUAAAUUUAAUCUAAAUAUUUCAUGUCUGAUGCGUUCAAUAUUUUAUAUUCAAUAUUUUGCAAAAUGGAUUUGAUACAAAUGUUUAUCUAGAUUGUUGAUCAAAAUAGAUUAUCAAAAUUGC